AUGGGACGCGGGGCCGAUUUGCGGAACGCGUUCUACGAUUGCCGCCCCACGCUCGCGCUGCUCCCCAACUUCCUCGCGUUCUGGAUCCUCCAAACCCCGUGCUACCUUCUUACCUGGCUCUACACGCUGCUGACGCUCCCUUUCGCGCUGGCGACUUAUCAUAAGCCGGACGACACGGACAUCAUAGCGUAUGUGGAGGGCACAAGCAUCGCGUCGCUGGCGCGCGUCGUACCGGGCAGCCGGGGCAAGAGGCUGAUGUGCGUGGAAGUGAAAGGCGCGAGUUUGACGGUCUCGGGGCGGGUGCUGGAGAGCUGGACUUUGCUGUAUGACAAGGAUGAGAACCGCGUCAUCACUUUUACGCGCAACGGCGCUGACGUCACCAGCCGCGAGCAGAUAUACGCCACCCUCCACGUGUACCACGUGACUGCCUUCCACGGAAAGUCGCACGCGGGCUCGAACCGCCUCGUCAAGACUCUCCUGGCCGCCAAUUACCGCCCACUUCUACCGGAGGCGGCUUACGGCACUUUGCCGCUGAAUUGGCACCUGCUGUACACCGUUUUCAGCCCGGCGGCCGCUAACCGGGCGGUUAACGGGCCGAUGCUGUACGGAAUGCCCGUCGAGAUAGAGUCGUUAGUGACGGACGCGUGUGAUGAGAUCUUCCUGCACCAGCACCAGACCGCCGCACCGUGCGCGUUCUCCGCGGUCAACUCGCGCUUCACGCGCUUCCUCUUCGCGUCGCGCGGCGCGCUGCGCGCGGCCAUGGAGCGCCACGUCAUCGACCGGGAGCUGGUCCCCUUCGAAACGUUCUGGCUGCACACGGUCAUGCAUUCCCUGGAUCACUACUGCACCCACAAGCUGACCCAAAACCUGCUCUUCCCGCUUGACACGUGGCGGGACGGUGACGCGUACCAGUACGCGCGCAGGAUCAUGUUCGGGGAGAUGUUUGUGGCGCCGUUACUCAACGUGUUUGCGGAUAACCGCAUACGCGCGCUGCGCGCGCGCAAGCCGUUCUGGGGCGAUCUGUACCGGGCGUUGAGCGGUCUGGACCGGGAGUACGCGGAUCAGGUGACGGCCAGCAUUAUGUAUUAG